AUGAAUCUUAUGGAAAGGAAACAACAGGGAAAUGAAACAUCCAUCACAGAAUUUAUCCUCCUUGGAUUCGGGAAUGUCCCUCAGCUGCAGAUCUUUCUCUUCCUGCUGUUUCUAGUGAUCUACAUUGUGACCACGACCGGGAAUAUCCUCAUCUUUGCACUAGUUGUGGCUUAUCAGCAACUUCACACCCCCAUGUACUUCUUCCUUGGGAACUUGUCCUGCUUGGAGACCUGCUACAGCUCCACCAUCCUGCCCAAGAUGCUGACCAGUCUCCUGACUGGGGACAGAACCAUUUCUGUUAGUGAGUGCAUCACACAGUUAUAUUUCUUUGGUUCUCUGUUAACCACUGAAUGUUCUCUUUUAUCUGUGAUGGCCUAUGAUCGGUAUUUGGCAAUAUUGAAACCGCUACAUUAUGCAGUCCUUUUGAAUGACAGGUUCUGCCUCCAGCUAGUGGCCUGGUCUUGGAUCAGUGGAUUUAUGUCUGUUGCCAUCAUAAUAUUUAUGAUGUCACAAUUAAGAUUCUGUGGCCCCAGUGAAGUUGAUCAUUUCUUUUGUGAUUUUAGCCCAAUAAUAAAACUGUCCUGCAGCGACACCCACAUGCUGGAAGUUACUGCUUUCAUACAUUCCUCCAUAUUCACAUUGCCUCCAUUUCUAUUAACAGUGGCAUCCUAUGUUUGUAUCAUCUCCGCCAUCCUGAGAAUCCCUUCCACCACCGGGAGGCAAAAAGCCUUUUCCACUUGCUCCUCCCAUCUCAUCGUGGUGACAAUUUUCUAUGGGACGCUAGUCAUUGUGUAUCUGCUAUCAGGCUCUGAGGCAUUGAGGGACCUGAACAAAGUGCUCUCUGUUGUCUAUGGAGCCCUAACCCCGUUGGUCAAUCCCCUCAUAUACAGCCUGAAAAACAAGGAGGUUAAGGAAGCCUUGAGGAAAACUGUCCUUAGAUUUUUUGUCUUUUACAAGAACACAGAUAUUUCAAGAUAA